AUGAUGCUCAAGCUGCUCCAUGUCGGCAACAAGUCUGACUUGCCGCAGAACCGCAUUCAGCGCUUCUGGCAAGAGUUGGACAAAGACAGUGGCUCUGUGGACUUUGCAGAGUUCACGGAGUGGUACCUCAAGUAUUUCAAUCUGGCACAGGAGCUGGCAAUGCAUUUCAUGUUGUGCGCCUUGUGUGGACGCUCGCUCAGCCAAGAUUUGUCAGCUGCUUAG